AGCAGAUGACGCGAGGCUAGCUCAGCUGAUAUUGUUUACUGAUAAAAAGCCGUGAACAGAAGGAGAAAGAUGAUCGUCAUCUUGAUGGGCGUUUGUGGUUGUGGCAAAACAACCAUUGCUCAGUUGCUGUCAGAGAAGGUAGGGUGGCCUAUUGCUGAAGCUGAUGACUAUCACACAUCAGAAAACAAAGCCAAAAUGGCCAGAGGGAUUCCUUUGGAAGAUCAGGACAGACUACCGUGGCUUCUGGCGUUACACCAAGUCAUUCAAAGGUGGCUUGAUGAAGGUUCAUCUGGAAUAAUUACUUGCUCCUCUCUGAAGAAGAUCUACCGGGAAAUCAUUCUAAAUGGUAAUGUUGGGGCUGAGGAUUUUGCUGAAGAUAAAAAUCCAAGUAGGAUAAAUGGAGCAGCAUUCCCUCCACAGAAUGUCAAAUUUGUCUACUUGAAGGGAGAUAAAGAAACAAUUGCUCAACGAAUGCAAAUGCGAACUGGACAUUUUAUGCCUCCCUCAUUAGUUGAAUCACAAUUUCAGACACUUGAGGAGCCAACAGAAGAAGAAAACUGCAUUAUAAUGGAUAUUGCUGAAUCCCCAGAUAGGAUUGUUGAAAAGAUUAUUCACUCUUUUGACAAUAUUGGAACGGUAACCUAAAAACAAAUUCACAAAUGUGCUGUAUUUAUUCUCGUUGGUACUUUAUAAGAUAUUUACAGUAAACCAUUUAAGACUGUUCAGUAUUGAUCAUUACUGAAUUGGUCCAUUUCAACUCUAAGUUUUCCAGAGACAGCACCAUAUAUACUAUACAGUAUCAGAGUUGGAGAUUCUGUUAUCACAACAAGCACAGAAGUUAGAAACGUGGGUGUAACUUUCAACUACAAAUGUGACAUGACACCACACAUUAACAGUGUGUAAAUCAUAUUUUAGUCUGCAACGGAUAUUUAACAUUCUUCACCUUAUUGACAGCAAGCAAACAAGAGCUACUCAUCUAUGCAUUUGUGACUUCUAGACUGAAUAUAUUUCAUAAUUGUUCUUUGAGCAGUAUUCAUAAAGUAAAAUUAAUCAAGGACACUGUGGCAGCUAGUCACAAAAAUAUUAUAAACACCUGUCAUUAAUGAUUUUAAAUCUUGACAUGUAAAAUUCGUCUUUCAAUAUCUAGGGAAAUAAACUCAUAUAUUGCCAGUCAAAAUUCUGUCUGCUUAGAGUCAGAUUUCAGUAGGGAAUGGGCUGUGAU